GUCUUUGUUAUGGUGAAUGAGAGGUUUUACGGCACAUCUUGUAAAAUAUAGGCCAGCGUAUACAAAGUUGAACGCGUAGUUUCGGCUGAUUGACAAACAUCGGAAUAUGCCACUAGGAAAAAAGGCAGGCACAAUUUCACCUCUAGCGAUAGACAAUGACAAGCAAGCGAGCAGACGGCUGGAAGACAGCAGAUGAGGACCGGAAGCACUGGGACAGUCAUUUUGAAUUCCUUCUCACACUUCUUGGAGGCGCCGUCGGCCUUGGAAAUAUUUGGCGGUUUCCCUAUCUAUGUAUGAGAAACGGCGGCGGGGCCUUCCUGAUUCCAUAUAUCUUCGCCAUGGUCGUCAUCGGGUUUCCAUCCUUCUUCCUCGAGCUCGCCAUCGGUCAGUUCUCAGGUCUGAGUCCUUCCAAGGUGUGGAACGUAAUCCCACUUUUCACCGGUAUGGGCUGGGGCAUGGCUAUUACUAUAUUCAUGGGAUCUAUCAGUUACGGCCACCUACUCACAUGGAUCCUCUACUACCUCGGCAUGUCAUUCUCCCCCGAGCUACCAUGGGCCAGCUGUAACAACACCUGGAACACGGAAAACUGCUUUCAAAAAGUCUCCAAUUAUACCCUCUUUAAUGCCACUGUCAUAUCUCACAAUGUGUCGGACUGGGAUGCUGUGUCGUACCAUUACAUGGAAAAUGCGACGGCCGGUAUGGACACGAAGGUUUCCCCGGGAGAGGAAUUCUUACGUUACAACGUUUUAGAGUUAACAGCCAGUGUUGAUGAUCUUGGAGGACUUCGUUGGCAACUUGUUCUCUGCCAUCUGGCCUGGUGGACAGUCGCUUGUCUCUGUCUCAUCAAGGGCGUGCAGUCUGUGGGAAAGGUUGCGUAUGUGACGGCAAUCGCCCCGUAUGUACUUCUGACCGUCCUUCUCAUACGAGGUUGUCUGUUGCCUGGUGCUGUGAACGGGAUCAUCUACUAUAUCAAACCGGAGUGGAGCAAGCUUUUGGACUUCAGGAUCUGGGUAGAAGCGGCGUUUCAAAUCUUCUACUCCACCGGAGUCGCUAGUGGCAGUAUUAUUACAUUUUCAAGUUACAACAAAUUCAAGAAUAACUGUCAGAGGGAUACAUUCUUUAUCGUGAUAGCCAACUCUAUGACAAGCAUCUACGCUGGCUUUGCUGUUUUCGCCGUCAUUGGCUACAUGGCUCAAGAAAUCGGUAUGCCAGUAGACCAAGUGAUUAAGUCAGGCCCAGGCCUUGCAUUUAUAGUCUACCCCGAGGCGUUGUCUAAACUACCUCUUCCGCAGCUGUGGAGUGUGCUCUUCUUUUUGAUGUUGACAACACUUGGUAUUGGAACUACGUUUGCCCUCAUUCAGACCGUCUUGUCGAGUCUAACAGAUGCAUUUCCUAAAAAGCUCCGCGGGAAAGAGAAGUGGAUCCUACUGGUGCAUUGCAUUGUGGGAUGUACCGUUGGUCUCAUCUUCUGUACAAGGGGCGGCAUGUACUGGUUUCAGUUAGUGGAGUGGUAUGCUGUCACCUUUGGGUGCUGCACGUUUGUGAUAUGUGAAUUCCUUGGACUGGCUUGGCUUUACGGGCUGAAUCGCUUCUACUCUGACAUCGAGAUGAUGAUCGGGAAAAAGCCUUAUUUCCUGUUCAAAUUAUUUUGGGGAGGAUUGACGCCUUGUUAUGUUCUUGUCAUAUUUAUUUACUUUUGCACGGGGUUGAGCAAACCUUCCUAUGCCGGCUAUGAGUACCCGGACUGGGCGACGGGGAUUGCUGCAUUUUUGUCCUUGCUUGGUAUCAUAUCCCUGGUGGCGUUCGCUGCGGUGGGCAUAGCUCGAGAGGAAGGAAAUCUCCUAAAACGCCUGAGAAUCCUGACCCGUCCGAAUGAGAGCUGGGGUCCCCAGGACCCUGAGUACCGCGAGCAGUAUGCUCAUCAGUAUGGACCGAAGAAGGAUGUACUGCCUCUAGAUGCCGUUGAGAGAAACGGGAAGGCACAUACUGUGGCGUAGGAAAUGUGACCCACGCCGUUCGUUAAAAGUUUGAAAUUUGUAAUUGAAUUUGAAAACUUCCCAAUUGCGUUAACCCAUGACAUGUAUAUUUUAUACGUACUCAAGUAUAAACGUCAGCAUUGCCGUUGUGUAGACGGAUAUACAUGUACAAUUACAAAUACUAUAAAUGCCAAACUUCAGCAAAUAUGUACGCAUUAUAUAAGCAGCGGUACGGCAUUGUGUACUGCUUUUCUAUUUUCCUGGACCAUCAGUAGUUACGAACGGCGUAACUCUCCACUGCAGGGUUCAAUCAAUUAACUGAUGCGACCGCGGGGGAAAGUAGUAGAUCAUAUUUAUAUAUAUAUAUAUAUUUAUUUAUUUAUUAAAACCUCCAAAAGGAGAACUUGUACAAUCACAUUUAAGAUCCAUAUCAUAAAACUAUUAAGACACAUAUCACGAUUACAAUGUAUUGGCACUAAAAGGCCCGAACUAAGAGCUUUACCAACCCGCGCUCAGUGGAGCCCGCGGUGUUAUAUCUGUCGCUGAAGAGGAGGGACUUCAGAGAGUCAACAACACCGUCCUCAGCGGCAGACACACCACCAGCGAAGCAUAAUGAGCGGGGUUGGUUAGAAAAAGCCAACUCGGCCGGUGCAAUUCCCUUAUCUAAAACAGCACUUAACAACGUGCCUUUGACACACCCAUAACCGGCUAUACAGGGAAGAUCAUAAUCAGGAGGUCGUGGGUUUGAUUCUCGGAAGGGUCACUGCUGUUUCGUCUUUGUGUCUUUGAGCAAGGCACUUAACCCUACUUGCUUCUCUCCACCCAGGAGUAAAUGGGUACCUAGCUGGCAGAGUUGGCAGACUAUGAAUGUUAGUCCUGAGCGCUGUAUAGCUGCAGCUCGGACCUGUAAUUCUCCCAGAGAGUAGAGCUUGAAACACGAAAGUGCAGGCCAAUAGCUAGGGGUAAUAAUGUGAAGCGCUUUGAGCGACUGAAACCAGUUGGAUUUAGCGCUAUAUAAGUCUCAUAAUUAUUUAUUAUUUAUACAACGAGCUAAAAGAAAGGCAUUUAAAAUUCGAGCCGGGGACUGCUUUUUAAAAAUUCUAUUAAAAAGAGGUCCUUUUUCACUGGCAAUAACGCAAGACACAGGUUUAAUGCUGAGGGCCGUCAUCAGCUUAGUGUGAUGGCUCCUUUUAGGCAAUCCGAAGAUCCCAAAACACUUUUCGGCGUCCAGACUGCACGCAUAUACAGGACUAGAGUUGGCGUUAAAAUAGCUUACAGUGUCAUGAAAGAAUGAGAAUGCUUGAUCAAUGCCCAGGCUCUCUCUGAACCCAAACUGAGUGCAGCAUGAACCACAACUGUCACAAUCAGGCUUUAACAUUUUAAUUUUAACUACUGGAGUUAAAACUCCAGUAGUUUUGAAUAGCAGGUGCUCUCUGACAGUGAUAGGUCGGUAGUUUGCUGGGUUAUUAGGGUCCAAAGUAGGUUUCUUUAGAAUAGGUACUAUAGUACCGAUCAACAUCUAUGUUUUUCAGAUACUAUUUGUUUAUAUUCAGUCUACAGUCAAU